GGCGUAUGUUAGCAGUCUCCCUCUUUUGGGCUUUGUUCUCUGAUUUCUGAGAUUAUCUCUUAGACUUGUGGGGCCUACGUUUAUCAAACACGUUUCCUAAUAAAUAAGUUUUCCACUUUCGAGACUUUUUAAUCGUUCUUAUCCUAAAUCUGAAAAAAUCCCUUCUGUUUGUUCAUCACCAAGAAACUUCUCUGUUAAUUUCUGGAGAUUAGAAGUACCUUUUCUCUGUCACUUUCUGAGAAAUUGUUUAAAGAAAAGUUUCAUUAUGUCUUCGUGUGGUAAUAUGGCGGUUCACCUUGAUAAGGAGCUGAAGCAUCUCUCGAUUGAAGAGGAAGACGAGCCCUUCGUACUUCCGGAUAGGCCAGAAUUCUAUGCUACAGAAAGGAACUCGUUAAGUAUCAUUGGAAGGCUCCUCAAUCCUCAGUGUCAAAGGAUGGCUGAUCUUAUCCUUGAGAUGCCUCGGAAGUGGAAGCUUUAUAACAGAGUGAGGGGAAUAGCUCUGUCUAAGGAAAGAUUCCAGUUUAUUUUCAAGUUUGAGCAUGACCUCCUCGAUGUUCUGAGCAAAGUUCACACCUUUGAUAAUUGGUCGAUCGUUUUGGAAAGAUGGAUAGAGAAGCCACCAGAGGAUUAUCUUCAAUAUCUUUUGGUGUGGGUUCAGAUGAGAAACAUACCAGUGAAUCACUACACUCCUGAAACAAUCUCGGCGUUGGGAGAAUUUGCUGGUGAGGUUGUUGAUGUUCCGUACGAUCCUGAGAAGGCGCAGGUGAAGGAUUAUGUGAGAGUUCUUGUUAAGUUUGAUGUAUCGAAACCGCUGAGAAGAUCCAAAAAAUUAACCUUGCCUGGUGGAGAGGUAGUUAACAUCUUGUAUGACUAUGAAAGGCUCCAAAAGAGAUGUUAUACUUGCCAGCGGUUGACUCAUGAACAAUCUUUCUGCCCUUGGAUUGCUAAAGGAUCAGGAUCAGCUUUGUUGGAAACCGCUUCAUCAGCAGAAAGCAAGAAUUCAGAAGUUUUAUUAUCUCUAAAGGAAAAUGAUCCGCUUUAUGGGGUUCUUUCUAGCAAUCUUUUGGGUUUGGAUCCUCCUUCUGGCAAGCCUAAGAUAACUAAGGAGGUUCUUGAUGGUAUGAGGCAGUAUUUGUUAGCGGCUGAGGGUCAGGAGAGACUAGCUAGAGAAGACAGAGUGAGGAAAUCCAUGGAAGAUUUGAUUAAUGAUCCUCUUGGCCAGAAAAUCUAUCUGAGAUUGGAGCAACCCCCGGUUUUGUCCUCUAAUCUCGAUAAAGGGAAGGGUGCAGUGUUUGAUUUCAGCGCUCAGACUUUUCCUCAGGCAACGCAAGGGAAGCUUAUGGCGAAUGCUAUCUCUGCUGGUUCUAAAACCUUGCAAUUAGGGAAGGUCGUUUCUAUGCCUCAUUCCUUAAAGCGACCGUCUGAUGUGACUCAGUCUGAGGUUCCUUUGGAAAGUUCAACGGGCUAUAGUGUUGGUAUCUGUGAUACUGGUACGUCCGGGACUCUUCCUAAGAAACCGAGACAGAGAAGAAGGCCAGGAACAUAUGCGAGAAAGGCUGCUGGAAAGAAGGUUGUUCAAGCUUUAACUGAAGGGACUAAAGAGGUUGGGGAAGGUGUUAUCUCUGAAGGAAAGAGGAAGGCACGUGAUGAUGUCGAGCCAUCUCAAAGCUCUGCAAGGUUUAAGAAACCAUUGGUGGUCCCGGAUGAGGGACUACCCAGCGUCUAAAUGGCUAUAAUGAGUUGGAAUUGCCAAGGCCUGGGCCGUGCACAGGAUUUGGUGAUUCCU